AGGAAGAUGUGGCGGCCAUGAGAGCGGAUCGAGGACUCGUCGAAGCUGCUGAUGGGAUUCAUGUCGCCUCUCUGUGUUUGACGCGCUGACUCGCUGUGUCAUGUGAGGCGGUUGGAUUUGUGGUCGCUGCUCGCUCUCGGUGAUUGCUCUUCUAUGCGCGUGUGUUUCAUUGUGCGGAUAUAUCCGGUAGGUCGGCUGAUGUGAUGUCGGGCCCGUCGCUCUGAAUUGUCGGUGAAGUCACUCCCUGGUAAUGUAGCUCGGGGCUAUUGCACUGGUGGAGCUGUCACUGAGGGUGUUGCUGUGUGAACGAUGCCCGAGCGAUGUCUGAUGUUGAGGCCACGUAUGCAGAUUUCAUUGCCUCUGGCAGGACGGGACGAAGGAACGCCAUGCAUGACAUCCUACAGAGUCCCACCGACCCAGAGGGACGAGAGCUGCCGCUCACCCUGUCUCUGUCCCAGCUGCACAUCAACGCAGGAGGGGGAGAAGGAGACGACCCGGAGGACAGCCAGAGCUCCUCCUCAGCACAUCGGGAGGCUGAGCAGAGGAACAGCUAACCCACAUGUGUGAUGCGUGUGGCUACGUAUGUGUGAUGAAUCCGUUUGUCUAAAGUGGGCCGGUAGCCACAGGCUAGCACAGCCCCUGCUGAGGUGCCUAUAAGCAGGGCACUGACAAACUCUCAUGUCCCUGUGGCUCUGCUGUGCAGUAGAAUAACAGACUGAUUUCAGGGUGUUUUUUCAGAGUCGGUGUGAGGACAUAGACACAUUUUGUAGCUCCUGUAAAGCUGAACUUCAGUCUUAGUUACUAAACACACGGGUCGGACGACUGGAAUGAAAGAAAAUAGAAAGAGAUCCUGUGUGAGUUUUGUAAUAGUGUAAGCAAUUUGUGAGACCACUGAGACGUGCUGAUGUAAUGGGUCACAGUGGGAGUAGCAUGUUUGUAGAGCUUGUGAGGCUGAUAGAGAUUAUAUUGCCAGUUAAUGGCUUGUGCUUCUUUUAAAUUGACAAAACUGUAGAGGGAAUGGAACUUCUCCGCUGUAAGAGUUGGAAAACACCACGAACAAAAACACUGAGGUCUAGUUACUGAAAGGCGUAGCUGUGUUUGCUGGUUUUGUUGAAAGUUUUUGAUGAACAAUUUUCAGAUGUGUACUGCAUGUGACACUGGCCUAUACUGUAGAAAGCAGCAGACUGUAUCAGUAGGAAGGAAGGUGGUGUGACACCAAACAUAUACAGUUAGAAAAGGAGACAUAUGGAUGAUGGUGUAUUACUGUAUCUUUUGAAAUCCUUUUGUACUCGUCUAAUAACACUAUUGUAAUCAUAACCUUAAAGUGGAGAUUUAGAUGUGAAGAUUGACACCACUCUCAUGUCAGUAAAUUAAAUAUGGAGCUGGAGUCAGCACAGGGCAACAAGGCAGCGAAAUCCAUCUGUACCUUUGAAAUUAAAUAAUUAGCAUGUAGUGUCAGUUCGUAAGAAUUUAAAUGAUUGUUUAAUUCAUACACAUUUUUAAUUUAGCCAGGUUUAUUCAAAUCUUUUGAAUGAAUUACACAAAUAAGAUAUAAUAAGAGGUACUGCUAAGCCACAUUUGUUAUAUUUGAAUGGGGCCACGCUAGUCGUUUCCCCCAGCAGUCUUUAUGCUAAACUAUGAUAAAAGCUGUAAAGGUCUGGGUCUGCUGAUUUGAAUCACUCAUAUCUUAAUUUAUCUAAUGACUUUUUAUAUUUGAUUUCCAAUUGUAAUGAAUGGAUAACGAAGGCUUUCUGGUGUUUUUAAUGAACAGUAAUUAGCCCACAGAUUAGCUAAGUUUGUUUACCAUUUACCAUUAAUGAACUUCAGCCUUAUUAUACAGGAUCACUACUGUUGUUUUUCUUGUUUCAGAAAACAGGUCCUGAUUUAUGACGAAAUGGCACAUGAGCCAGCAAGCUAGUUAGCCAAACUUAGCCAACCAGCUGUCUGCUCCUGCUAUACGAAUAGAAUACACAUGUUAGAGUGGUUUCCAUCUUCCCAUCUCAAAGCAGAGAAGUGCAUUUCCCAAAAUGUUAAACUGUUCCUUAAAUGUAGAUAUGCAAUACUCAGUGGAGCUUCCAGUACGUGUAACAUGUUUGUGUGAAGGUUUCUGCCUCUGACACGGAGGCUGAGCUACAUCCUGUAACUUCGUGUUAUAAUGGACCCAUCCCUUAAUCAUCCUCCAUAACGACCACCAUGCAUGCAUCUUACAAGCUGUGUUUUGUCAUUUUUCGUCCCCAGUUCUACGGAGUGUAAUCUUACUGAAAGACCGCAGCUUGACUGUGUAUCUUUCUUAUUCAUGCUGAUAAUAUUCAAGUAAAUAUAGCUCCUUUUUAUAUAAUACUCAUUCCGUCAGGUUUUCAAAUUGUGAACUGCCAUGUGACUGUAUAGUGACUCGCUCGCACUACACUAACUACACUGUCUAAACCCUGCUGUUCAUAAUUCAGCAUGUAGACACAUGGCAGAUGCAUGAUUCUGCUAAUUGUGUAGGUGUUUGUCUGACUGUAUAUAACCAUGUUUUCUACUUCUUGUGUCGAUCAAAGUUAAAUAAACAAUGGAUGAGAGUGAA